AUGAGCAGCGGUGCCCCCGACGCAUCUGUUCGAUCGCCGUCGAGCGCACAGAGUGACAACGGCGAAGACCGGCCGCUCUUAGGUAAUAGCACGACGGCAGACAACCCCGAUCUCGAGGAAAGUAUGGCAAAAGCACAAGCAUCCUAUGCCAGUCUGCUCAACAAUCUGGCCAAUCGGACAAUGGCGCUGGCUGCGCAAGUUGGCGUUAUCCUGUUCGCCAUCACGACUUGGGUCAUGCUGAUCGAGCAUCCUGCCGGCCUGUUCAGUUAUCACCCGGCACUCCAGUCCCUUGCCAUCGUCUUCUUCGGCUACGGUAUCCUCGUGCUCCAGCCCACAAAGUCUCCACAGGCCAAGAGGAAAGGUCAGAACGUACAUCAGAUCUUCCAAGGUCUCGCGCUGGUGUCCAUACUCGGCGGCGUGGCCAUCAUCAUCUUCAAUAAGAAACUACACGAAGCUGCACACUUUGCAACCUGGCACGGUAUUCUGGGCAUCACGACGGUCAGCCUGCUCGUCUUCCAAGCUAUCGUCGGUCUUCUGCAGGCGUAUCCUGCCGGCCAGAAGCUCUUGGGAGGUGAAGCCAAAGCCAAAGCGACUUGGAAAUAUCACAGGGCAUUGGGCUAUACGCUCUUCAUCUUGCUCAUAUUGACACCUAUGACAGCCGUCACGAGCGCAGACUGGGUCCUGCAGAACUCAUCCAGUCUGCAACGGAACGUCAUGUUUGGCGGUCUUGCGCUCUUAGGCGUAGGCGUCUUGCUUGGCCUGAAUCCAUCAAAGAUGCAAUUCCGCUGA